AUGUCUGGACGCGGAAAGGGCGGUAAGGGUCUGGGCAAGGGCGGCGCCAAGCGCCACCGUAAGGUACUUCGAGACAACAUCCAGGGCAUCACCAAGCCCGCCAUCCGCCGCCUGGCUCGCCGUGGCGGUGUGAAGCGUAUCUCGGGACUCAUCUACGAGGAGACCCGCGGCGUGCUCAAGGUGUUCCUCGAGAACGUCAUCCGCGACUCUGUCACCUACACGGAGCACGCCCGCCGGAAGACCGUGACGGCCAUGGACGUGGUGUACGCCCUCAAGCGCCAGGGCCGCACCCUCUACGGUUUCGGCGGCUAAGCGAUCGCAGCAAACGGCUGUUGUUUGCUGCUUGCUACUGCGGUGUGCCACUGCAUCAACUCGUUGCUGCAGCAGGUGAAGCCACUUCUGCUGUUGCACGACAAGCCCGAACCCAACCUGGUGUUUCCUCAACACCACCCAUUUGCCGAAAGAAGAUGAAGCCUUGCUUUCCACCUCUCGUGCUUUGCUGUGAUGCAUGAGAAGGCACAAAUUCGUAUGCUAAAGAUAAUCAGGCCGAUUGAGUUGAAGUGAGACCGCUGCCUUAGAAGUACUUCACACGUCGGUGUUGUCCCGCUGCUGUAGCAUGGACAUGGACAAUGCUGUAUCCCGGCACGACAGUAAGGUGUGGGUAGUGGGUAACAUUGCUCUUGGUGUGUUGCGUUCGUAUGGUAUCCUGGGGUCGUAAUAUUUGAUUCGAUCAUACAUGCGUUUCGCGGAAGUGUACGGCAGGUCCGUUUUUCAUGGGAGAGUUCUGACCGAUCGAUGUUGUGGUAUCCCCGCACACUGCUGCUUUGAUUCAGCUGUCUGGCAUAAUGGGCCGAGCGGGAGAGAUGGACUGCUGUAUUUCCGUUGAACGUUUCAUUUUGCCUGAUACACAUGGUAUCAGCGACGGCUGACGAGCCUGCUUUAUGCUGCUCUGUUUUUUUGCGUUCACCGUCUUUCGUUGUUUGAUGUGAAAACAAUGAAAAAUGUGUACUUACUGAUCCCUUGCUGCUUUUGACCAUCAAAGACGUCUGCCCGCGUUGGACUGGCAUGUCGGAACGGUUUUUGAUGCGAAGACAACAAAUAAUGCAGCGGUUGGUUCGGCGUC